AUGCAAUACGCGUUGCCGGGAGUUCUCCUGGAGCACGACGCUGAACGGACAUUCCGGGAGCGCGCGGAUGCUUUCGAGGAAAGUGACCAAGUUUUCCUCAACAAAUAUAGGUUGACGAAGGAACUCGUCCGCUGGCUCUGCCACCAGCUUAGGCCCGCGUUGCAACCUAGAAGGGCGACAAGGAGGACGUUGACAGUUGCGGAGCAGAUACUGAUUGCCCUUCGCUUUUAUGCAACGGGCAGCUUUCAGGGGAUGGUUGCUACUGACCGCGAUCUGUCCGUCUCCCAGAGCACAGUCAGCAGGGUGCUGUUUAGAGUGACGAAUGCCAUCGUGCUUCGCCUUGCACCUCUGUGGAUUAAAUUCCCCCUAAGCUCUGCAGAGGUGCACGCGGCAAUGGCUGGUUUCCAGAGGAAGUGGAAGUUGCCCGGCGUAAUUGGCUGCAUUGACGGCACACUCGUCUGCGUCACUGCUCCCUCCGAAAGCAGUGGACAAUAUCAGAAGAGCGCGUUCUUCUGCAGAAAGCAGUACUUUGCACUGAACGCGAUGGUCGUGUGUGAUUCGUCGAUGACAAUCACAUCUCUAGACUGCUCCUUCUCCGGGGGGACGCACGAUACCUACGUUUGGCGGCACAGCGAGCUGCGAGAGGAGCUCCGCAGCACCCAUUCAUCUAACGUGCGCAAGUAUCUGUUGGGUGACAGUGGUUAUCCCUUGGAGCCCUGGCUCUUGACUCCUUUGCCAGGCGAACAGGAGCCGUCGACACCCGAAGCGCGGUACGGCAGUCGACACCGACGUGCACGCAGCACAGUGGAAAGGUGCAUCGGCCUCCUUAAGGCUAGGUUCCGGUGUCUGUAG